UAAGGAGUGUUGUUUGGCCGAUUCCUUCAAGUUUUUACCUUAUUUUAUGUCUGAAUUUUGUCAAAUUAAGAAAGUGCCAAUUGUUCGUUUCCAUAUCUAGUCAGCUAGCUAAUUAUUUUAUCUAUCGAUAUAGGUACAGAAGAGGGUUUGGGGUGUGGUACACAGUAGGAAGGCAUCUUCGGCGAGCAGAGCGUCCGAAUCAGAGAGUUUAUAAUGCCGACGUUGCGGGACAGUAGCAUGUCUCACCCCGGCGAGAACCCUUACCAAGUCCGGGUAAAAGCUUACUACAAAGGGGACAUCAUGAUCACCCACUUUGAGCCAUCCAUCUCCUACGAGGAGCUGUACGGGGAGGUCAAAGACAUGUGCUGCAUGGACAAUGACCAGCUCUUCACCAUGAAGUGGAUCGACGAAGAAGGUGACCCGUGUACAGUAUCGUCUCAGCUGGAGCUGGUGGAAGCCCUGAGGCUCUACGAAGUCAACAAAGACUCUGAACUCAUCAUCCACGUGUUUCCAUGUAUCCCAGAGAAGCCUGGCAUGCCCUGUCCAGGAGAAGACAAGUCUAUAUAUCGUCGUGGUGCGCGGCGCUGGAGGAAACUCUACUAUGCUAGUGGUCAUGUCUUCCAGCCCAAACGGUUCAACAGGAGAGCUCACUGUGCCAUCUGCACAGACCGUAUCUGGGGUCUGGGGAGACAGGGCUACAAAUGCAUCAACUGCAAACUGCUGGUCCACAAGAAGUGUCACAAACUGGUCAGCGUGGAGUGUGGUAAACAGAUCCAGGAGCCCAUCAUGGGGCCUGAUAGGGGGGCCUCCAUCACACCAUUAGACCACUCUGGACAGCCAGGUCCUCAGAACAAAGACUCUAGUGAGAGUCUGAACUCCGAUGGAGAAGAGAAAGAGGUGUGUUUGUUGCCAAAUCUGUCUUUAUCUGUCUCUACCUCGUGUCACUGUCUCACGUCUGUCUCUACCUCGUGUCUCUGUCUCACGUCUGACAUUGACUGGGUCCAGACAGAGAAGCACGUGUUUGAGCAGGCGUCCAACCACCCCUUCCUAGUGGGGCUUCACUCCUGUUUCCAGACUGAGAGCAGACUGUUCUUCAUCAUAGAGUAUGUGAAUGGAGGAGAUCUGAUGUUCCACAUGCAGAGACAGAGGAAAAUCCCCGAGGAACACGCCAGGUUUUACUCCGCAGAGAUCAGCUUGGCGUUGAACUACCUCCACGAGAGAGGCAUCAUCUACAGAGACCUCAAACUGGACAACGUGCUGCUGGAGUCGGAGGGACACAUUAAACUCACUGACUACGGCAUGUGCAAGGAGGGCUUGAGGCCAGGGGACACCACCAGUACGUUCUGUGGGACCCCCAACUACAUCGCCCCUGAGAUACUGAGAGGAGAGGACUAUGGUUUCAGCGUGGACUGGUGGGCUCUGGGGGUGCUGAUGUUUGAAAUGAUGGCUGGGCGGUCGCCCUUCGACAUUGUAGGAAGCACCGACAACCCAGACCAGAACACAGAAGACUACCUAUUCCAAGUAAUAUUGGAAAAACAGAUCAGGAUUCCUCGAUCGUUGUCAGUCAAAGCUGCCAGCGUCCUCAAGGGCUUUCUCAACAAGGAACCUAAGGAAAGACUAGGUUGUCACCCCCAGACGGGCUUCGCUGACAUCAUGGGUCAUCCCUUCUUCCGAAACGUAGACUGGGACCUUAUGGAACAAAAGCAGGUGGCUCCUCCAUUCAAACCCAACAUCUCAGGAGAGUUUGGACUGGACAGCUUCGACACCCAGUUUACCAACGAGCCUAUCCAGCUCACGCCUGAUGACGAUGACGCGGUGAAGAAAAUCGACCAGUCGGAGUUCGAAGGGUUCGAGUACAUCAACCCUCUGCUGAUGUCGGCCGAGGAGUGUGUGUGAACUAGGGAGUGUGUGGGAGUGGACACAGCGCGCCACCUCGUGUCCUCGACGACGUCGUCACUAGUUAUCUCUGCAUGGUUACCAGACUACCCGGCGAUGACAUCAUCAAAGAGCGUCCUGCUGUUGAAUAGAGAGAGGCGGAGAGCCGCCGGGCCUCUCAGACGAGAGACACUAACUUGCCAAACCAAUCUCACAUAGUGUGUCACAAUUGUCACCUUAUCCUCGACGUGUAGUGGGAAUGGGGUGCCAUUUUAGACUAACGUCACUGUCCUUCUUUUUGUUUUAACCACUAGUCUUUUAAAACUACUUUCUCAAUUAUUUUUGUAUUCAUGUAUCAAAUCCGCACUGAUUUCCUCGUUGGUCAUCAGAGUGCUGGCUCUCAGUAGCCAAUGAGGCUUGGAGGUUGGUUACCUAGGUUACUGGACACAAGGGGGGGGGACACAGAUGGUCCACAGAGAACAAACUAACCAUCCUCUCUUCUUCCCAGCUUGGAGGUGGUUAAUGCAUAUUUUAUUUGUACAUAAUAAGAAUGAUGUUUAGCCAAGGCCUUUUAACCCCAAGCCAGAUCACCAGGGAACAUAGUUGAAAAUGUUUUUAUGUUCACUACAUGUAUCAUGAUGAGCAUUGUUGCAGCACCAUGUUUGUAGAGGACUGAAGAAGAACAAGUGGAAAACAGCAUAAAAAAAACCCCCACCAAUCUCUAUAUUUUUCUCAUGUUAUUUAAUGAAAUGGCAGUCUAUGUACGCUGGUCAAUGUCCCCAAAGUGUUACGCCGUCGACAAGCCCGUUGGCUCACUUAUUGUUUACGUUUUGCAGUUGUCGUCGUGGAAACUUCCAGGACAGAGACGGUUCCAAGUUAAAGCGAUUGCCGUCUCAGCAGCCAAUCAACACUAACUAACGUAGAUACUGACAAAAGGCACAUGUCAAAUGGCAUCCUAUACUAUAUGAAGAGCGCAACAAAAGUACUCUACGAUAACACCGCAAGAUUUAGAUUUAGGGUGCUGUUAUGGAUACAACCACACUGUGAAUGAAAGAGUUUACUGUGAGGAGAAGAUUUGGAUACGAGUGGACUGGACCACUGACUGAGUUUAGUGUAUGUCCCAAAUGGCACACUAUGCCCUAUCUAGCGCACUACGUUUGGUCAUAGUCCUUAUAUGUCCCAAAUGGCACACUAUGCCCUAUCUAGCGCACUACGUUUGGUCAUAGCCCUUAUGUGCCCUGGUCAAAACUAGUGCACAAUUAUUAUUAUUUUUUUUAACCUUUAUUUAACUAGGCAAGUCAGUUAAGAACAAAUUCUUAUUUACAAUGACGGCCUAGGAACAGUGGGUUAACUGCCUGUUCAGGGGCAGAACGACUGAUUUCUACCUUGUCAGCUCAGGGAUUCGAUCUUGCAGCCUUUCGGUUACUAGUCCACCGCUCUCACUAGUUAGCUCUGCAUGGUUACCAGACAACCCGGUGAUGACAUCAUCAAAGAGCGUCCUGCUGUUGAAUAGAGAGAGGUGGAGAGCCGCUGGGCCUCUCAGACGACAAUAGACACUAACUUGCCAAACCAAUCUCACAUAGUGUGUAUGCUUCACACAUGGCACCUAAUACUCUACGUGUAGUGCACUAGGGAAUGGGGUGCCAUUUUGGGACGAAAGUCAUUCUUGCCAUUUGGGACACAACCUUAUGCAAUCUGUCGUUGACAAAGAACCAAAACAAUAUUUUCUAAAGGAGGAAGAAAGGUUGUUAAAUAUGUCUUGUUGUUUACAGUGGUACAGUAUAUACACACACAGUAGGACAAGCUGGUGUCCUAAUAUUAGCUAAUAUUAUAUUAUAUUAUUAGCUAAUAUUAUACCUAAUAUUAUUUUAAAGUUAGUAUUUUUCCUCUCUGUUCAUUUUUAAAAUAGAAUGCCUUUCUGAAACUCUUGUUUAUAUAUCUGUUUUCACAAUAUUUAAAAAAAAAAGAAGUUUCUACAGUUUUCUCUAGUCCAUGUCUGUGAAUCGGUUUGAAUAUGAAUGAUAAGGAUGGAGUCAGACUGUCGAUCUCCUGGACCACUUCUGACCUCCAGAUGACCCUCUUGAAAGAGAUUUUCAUCAAAUCUAAUAAGAAAAACUAUCAAAGCAUUUAACAGCUUCAAUUUAUAUUCCAAGUUCUAUAUAACACACUACUUUAGAUCAGAGCUCUAUGGGCCCUGGUGAAAUAAGUGCACUAAAUAGGGAAUAGGGUGCCAUUUACCAAAGUGUUUUAAAGUGGUGCCAAGUGGUGAUUGGAGGAACAAACAACUCUUCAGAAUUUUUAUCAUGUUACUUUAUAUUGCAAUGUAUUUUUGUUACUUUAAAAAAUAAAAAAUAAAAUAAAAAUGUGCUGUUUCUCUAAUGAUUGAUCGCUACAUUGAUUGGUGAUUAUUGUUAUUGUGUGAAACAUGUUUGAAAACACGUGUGAUUUCAUCCAGAGGUGCAUACUGAAAUACUUAACAGGAUGUAAAAAAACGGAUUUCUCAAAAUAAACAUUUUUAUUUCCCUCCC